CGGCAGCAAGGUACUGUAAGAGGGAGCAAUUUCGUGCAGACUCGAGGUGUUAGAUUAAAGAUAAAUUGUUCAUUUUCUUGUCAAUCACAUUUUUAUACAGACAUAAUUGCCUUUAAAAACGGUAAAAGAUGUGAUUCAACACAUUUAAAAUGAGACAAAAUCAUUCUGUGGAUCAUAAAAACACUGCAGUGUUAAAACUAGUUGUUGACCAUCAAGCCAGCAAUGGAAAUAUCUAGACACAUGGUCCAAGAAUAGCUGGACACCUCAAGCUGCCACCUUUGUGUGAAAAUCUAACCCUGACAUACGUGGGGAGAGGAGGACUGCAGCCUCACCCAUACAAAGGAAAGACAUGAGUUGGAUGUAGGAAAACUCUCCAAAAUGUUCAGACCGUCGUACAGAAGUUCAAGUCCAUUUUCUCUACCUGACCUCGACAUGUGGGACACCAAAUCUCAUUUUACAGCUCAAAGCUCAGCAUGGUGUGGAUCUGCAACUGUCUCUGGGACUGGGUUUCUGUCUGAAGUCAGCUCCAGCACAUCUGGGAGCACUGGUGGCUUCAGACAGAGUGACCCAAGUCUGAGGAAGUGGCAGUCGUUGUCCCAUCUAGUGCCUGAAAGUGCGACUAGGCUCUUUCCCCCAUCUCCAGGGUCUGGAUUUAGGGCUGCCCGAGGCGAAAGUAGCUUUAGACAGGCAGAAGGAGCCCAUUGGCUGCAGAGUGCUCAUAAGCGUUUAGACACUCAGCAGGACCGGUUAAGGACCAGAAAUUCCCACCUUAGCCAAAACAUAACUGCUGCACAACUGCUUGACAUGAAACAUAAGCAGCUGUCAGAAACACUGGCCACUUUGGAGCAGGAGAAAGAGGCAGCUGAAUUCUUACAGUUUGAAAAGAGUCACCAACGUAGAGAGCUUCAAGAAAAGGUGCUACAGCUGGAAAAGGAGUUGUUGCAACUGAGAUCAACUUUGGACAGAAGGAGCAAUGAUCAAUCAACGGAGAGAAAUCCUGACUCGCUUAGCAGACAGGAGACGCAGAAUGUUGAGUUAGAGCUGUCCAAGCUGAGAGAUGCUCUAAGAGAUGCUGAGGCGAGGGCAAAGACAAAAGAAGAAGAACUGAACCAGGCACUCCAGAAACUCCAGGUUUCUACAGAGAAACAGCAGACUCUGUUGAAUCAAAUAGAGGACAUGAAUCAAAGGAGACAGAAUCACUCAGCAGUGCAAGAACAGCUGAGUGAAGCUAACAACAAGAUCAGUCAAGCAUGCCUGGAAAAAGCCAUUUUGUCAACUCAAGUGCUAAAACUGGAGGAAAAUAUAAAAGAGCUGAAGGCCAAACUGACAGGGGCUCUGUCAGACAAAGAUCACCUGAUCCAGGAGAGGGCCCAGUUCCAGGAGCUGCAGCAGACCCAACAAGGUUCAGAGAGUUGCGAGUCCCAAAGCAACAAACACGAUCAGGAAACUGUUCAAAUGAAGAGGGACUUAGAAACUCUAAGAGAGGUAAAUGAAAAGCAGGCAGGGGAGCUUGAAAGGAUUAAGAAUGAACUGAACACAUCACAGUCUCAGCUACAGGAAGAAACAUUAGAGAGGGUCACCAACUCCAAACUGAUCACAGAUCUGGAGGCCGACUGCGCUCAGCUGAUCAAGGAAAAAGAGGAACUGCUGAGUAAAAUCAAUGAAGGUGGAUAUGAAGAGUUAACAGCGAUGAAAGACAAGUGCUACCAGCUCAGAGAAUCUGCGGACGUUUUGGAAUUAGAAAAGCAGAAACUGCAGGAUCGCUGCAUGUAUUUGGAAGCAGAGGUCCUUGAGAGGGAGGAAAAGCUACAACUGCAAGAGGUAGAGCACCAAAAACAAGACGCAUGGAUACUCCAGAACGAGGAACGGAAAGCUUUGUCCUCACACUGGGCACAGAAAUGGCAAAGGGUGGCUUUGACCCUUCGUGCUACACAAGAGGAGUUAGAGGAAGUCAAAAAGAACAACUCCAGAAAUGAGUCAGAGUUGCUGCUGAAAGCUGAGCUUGUCGCAUGCAAACAAGAGCUGGAGCUGGAGAGGAGCAGGACUCUGCUUCACAGAUGUAAAGAUAAAGGCGGUAAUGCCUUGGCACAGACUGAGGACAGAGGGAUACAGACAGAAUUAUCAGAAUCCUCUUUGUUAUGGGAGCCGUCAUCAGCCUCUCACAGCAGCCAAAACAAAGCCCCUCAGUCUUCUGAAGAUCAAGAUGAUGGAAACCAAGCAAAUAUCUUGACCAGUGACUCACUGAGGGCCCAGCUGGAAGAGAGCAGGAGGAGAACAAGGCAGCUGCAGGAAGAAGAAACAUUGUCAGACCAGAGGCUUCAAACUCUGAGGCAGCUUUAUCCGGUUAAAGAUGAGAAACCAUCUGUUGAAGGCAGGAAGGAUAAAGCUGUCUCUCCUUUAGAUCCAGAGACAGACCAGCAGAGGAGAAUGGUCACUGAGCAGUUAAAGAAUCUGUUUAAGGAGCGAGAAGGAAAGGAGGUGGAAACGGUGGACAACAGAUCAGCAGUAGGUCAAACUGCAGCCUGCUCACAACUAGACUGGUCCCAACCAUCUAAGGCUGUUAGGUUUUCAGUGGACAGGAGGAUCUGGCAGCAUGGUUCAGGUUUAAUGCCAGUGUUUGAGGAGGAUGAAGAGGAGUGUGACUGCCCAGGAGGGGAGGAGGGUCAUGUUGAUAAAAACUGGCACAACCAGAGCCAGCAGAUGUCAACAAUGACUGCAGUUAUCUGCAAACUGAAGGCAAAACAUGCCAAUCUGCUGCCAGCAACACUAAGGUGCAAACCAUUCCAGGACUACCCGCUUACUGCAAAAAACAAGACUGCUCUCGGUUCAGAUGUGAUCGACCUGCAGCAGAAGAAGCCCCCUUUGCUCUAUCCUGAUGGAUUAUUCCUGGCUGAGCUGGUAGAUAUCUGUAGCCCAGAUGAAGAUGAAGAGGAGGAAGGAGACAAAUAAGUUGUUUAUGCUGCACCGGCCAACUUCGUGCCUUUAUAGUUUAUCUUUUUUUUUCUAAGUAAAUGUAAAGACUAAUAUCAGUAAUUUAAAGAUACAAUUAUGUUUAGGUGAUACUUGAUGGAUGCUUUAACCAAGCAGGCAAAAAGUGUCUUUUAUUGAUAUGACAUGCUUACUUUCUUAUCAUCAUUCAGAAAGUCCAACAGUGAACAACAUAUU